AUGUCCUACUAUUUUACCAUCCUGUCGCCAACUGACACACCCCUAUUCAACAUCGCAUUUGGGACAUCCAAGGGAGGUGGCGAUGGCAUUGCCCGGUUCCGCUUCCCGGAGACCGCGCAGUACAUGAACCAGUUCAUCAUUCACUCGAGUCUGGACAUCUUGGAAGAAGCGCAAUGGACGAAUGGCGGAAUGUAUCUUAAGCAUAUCGACACCUACCCACCAGCCGCAGCCUACAUCUCCGCAUUUCUUACCCCAAGCGGCGCGCGCUUCCUGCUCCUCCACCAACCCCCGCACCUCCCCUCCUCAACCAGCACAGGCAGUGGUCUUGGGUCAUCAUCAUUGUUAGGGUCAGCAGGAUCCACAACACGCGCCUCGUCAAGCUCCGUCGCCGCAAACCCAACAUCCCCGCAGACCGAGGAGGCAGUGCGCCAAUUCAUGAACGAGGUGUAUGAGAACUAUGUCAAGACGGCGAUGAGCCCCUUCUACAAACAGGGCAUGGAGAUCCGGAGUCCUGUUUUUAGGACGAGAGUUACGGCCGCCGGGAAAAAGUGGCUGUAA